UUCAUCACAUGGCCUAACCUGACAUAAAGUCGGCGAACACAGAUGAAUGUGAGUCAACGAGACAAAACAAGACACAUGAAAGUAUCAAACAAUUCAGUGAAUUUUUUUGUAACAUGGAACUCGAUAAGUCAAUAUUAGUGCAAAAGCAAGUGAAAGAUAAUUCAGAGGAUUUGCAGAGUGAGUUUCUGGAUUUGAAAAUUUGGGAAGAGCAAAUGAAACGGAAAGAAAAAGAACUACUAAAUGAACGCAAUGAACAGCAAGCUCUGCCUUCUAUCAGAAGCAGGACUAAGAAACAAAAUGUGACAAAAGGAAACAAGACUGAAAAUUCAAAGCGAAUAAAGUCACAUGAUUACACAUCAUGGGAUAAGUUUGAGGCCGAUAAAGUAUGCAAAGAAUUAGAUAAGCAAGAAGAAUCUGAUGACUCAGUAGAAGAACCUUUAUCUAAGGAGGAAUUAGAAAAGGAUUAUAAUAGAGCUGUAAAGCAUAAGCAACAAGGCAAUGAUUUUGUGCAACAAAAAAAAUGGGACAAAGCUAUUACUUCAUAUAGCGAGGCAAUAAAAAUUUUUCCUUAUGAUGCUAUCUUUUAUGCCAAUCGUGCACUCUGUUACUUGAAGCAAGACAACUUGUAUUCAGCAGAAGCAGAUUGCUCAUCUGCAAUACAGAUGGAUGAAAAUUAUGUAAAAGCUUAUCAUAGGCGAGCAACAGCCAGGAUGGCAUUAAAACAAUACAGAGAGGCAAAGCAAGACAUAGAAAAAAUUUUAACAUUGGAGCCUUCUAACAAGGAAGCAAAAGCCUUGCUUAAUCAAGUUAAUAAGCAUCUUGAGAAUUCAAAACCAAUUAUUAUAUCUGGAGAAGACGCAGUUAAAUAUAUUCCAAUAGAAAAAAAAAUUGGUGAAAAGAUGUUAGGCAAUGUAGAAUCUAAUAAAAAAGUAACUGAUACUAAGAAAAAUGAAAAUAAGAAGAAUGACUUGAAUGAAGUAGUUGCAACAACUAUAAAUCUAACAAAAUCAAAACAAGAUACAUGCAUUCCAGAUUGGCUACCGGAAAAGGAUAAUGUUGCAAUUGUAGAACCUAUUGCAAAGCCUCCUCAUUUACGUUCAAAGGAGCCAUUUAAGAGAAUUCCUGUGCAAGAGGCUGAUUUAACUAAACCUUUUAAAGAAGAAAUUGAAGCAUCUUGCAGUAGACAUCAUCAAUUUGUAGAAUUGUCAGUUAAACAUUCUGAUACUAUUACAAAACAUAAAGAAAUUGUUACGAAACCUAAACUGGAAAAAAACUUUACCAAAAGUAUAGAACUACCUCCCGUCCCAAAAACCGCAUGCCAAUUUAUAAUAAAUUGGAGAAAAUAUACUUCAUCUGAUCUUCGAUACGAAUAUAUAAAACAAAUAGGUUGCUUACCGAAGUAUUCAGGCAGCUUAUCAACAAUAUUUCAAGAUUCAAUGGAAAGUAAUAUUUUCAGUGAUAUUUUAACAAUACUUAAGACAGAGUUCAUAAAACGAGAAGAACCUAUAUUUUCGUAUCUAAAAGAUCUCAGUGAUAUUAAGAGAUUUAGAACACUUGUUAUGUUUCUCAACAAUUCGGAAAAGGAAGAUUUGAAGUUUAUGUUCUCAUACUGUAAAACGUUUGAAAAGAUACCUGAGGAAAAAGUCGCGGAAUUACAGAAUAAAUAUGAAGUUGAUUAAAAUGUGAAAAGGACUAGAGCUACAAAUAAUUAUAAUUCUAAUACUAAAGAAAAUUCGCAUUUCUUUCAUAGGUUCUAUCAUUUCUUCCGUUUCUCUGAAACAUAAUAUUUACACAUUAAUUUUUGAG